AUGAUGCACCGAUCCGCUUUUUUGCUUGUCGCAGCCAUCAUCAGCCUUGAUGUCUCUGCAGCCCCUUCGACACCAACUUUCAAGUUCUACGGCGUGAACGAGGCUGCAGCGAACUUUGGAACCGAGCUACCAGGUCAAUACGGAGUCGACUACACAUGGCCAAAUCCCGACUCGAUCAAGAACUUCACUGGGCAAGGCUUCAACACGAUCCGGAUCGGAAUACAGAUGGAAAGAUUGACACCUGAUGGGCUCACGGCGAAGUUUGAUCAGGACUAUCUGGGCAAUCUGACGAGUACAGUGGAUCUCGUCACAAGUCAGGGUGCUUAUGCUUUGAUUGACCCUCAUAACUAUGGGAGAUUCUAUAAUGAGAUCAUCAAUUCAACGGCAGACUUUGGGACUUGGUGGACCAAUGUGGCCUCGCUGUUCAAGGAGAAUGAGCUCGUCAUGUUCGAUGUCAACAAUGAAUUCUGGGGCAUGAAUACUUCGCAUGUGUUCGCCAUGAAUCAGGCGGCCAUCAAUGCCAUUCGAGCGGCUGGGGCUACCUCACAGUACAUUACUCCCGAAGGCAAUCAAUGGACGUCUGCAUGGGGCUGGACAAACAUACCGGGUCAAGACGGCGUCACAAAUGGCCAAGUCAUGGGCGACCUGGUUGAUCCGUCAAACAAGCUGGUCUAUCAGAUGCACCACUAUCUCAACUCUGAUGGCUCUGGUAACGACGAUUCGUGUGUCAGCGCUACUGUGGGCAGUGAUCGUCUCAAGGCUACAACGACUUGGCUGCGUGACAACAAGAAAGUGGCCUUCAUCGGUGAAUUCGCAGGAGGAGUGAACGAUGUAUGUGUAUCCGCUGUGAAGGACAUGCUCAACUACAUGAACAGCAACUCUGAUGUGUGGCUCGGGUUCACCUGGUGGGCUGCGGGCCCAUGGUGGGGACCAACACACUACAACAGCAUCGAACCUGGGGAGGGAAUCGCGUACGAUACCUACGUUCCGAUUCUCCGAUCAGCUGCCAACGGCGAAAUCUUUGCUCCUCCACCGCCAUCUUCGACGACAACGACGGAUGUAUCAUCGAGUUCCUCCACCAGUCCACCUACAGCGUCGCCGACGCUCUGGGGGAAGUGUGGUGGUGUAGGAUGGGACGGGCCAACCAACUGCCCUGGCGGUAGUUGCUGUGUGCCUCAGAAUCAGUGGUACUGGCAGUGCGUGCUGGAUUGUCCCACAACGACAGCCUAG